UAUUUUAGGGUGUAUGACGGCGUAUGGAGUAGGAACUUGCGAGGAGAAAUGCAACUUUAUCAAAGGGGCAGAUAACGCUUACUUAUUUAUCAUCCACAUCUAUUAUCUUCUAAUUCUAAUAAAAUAAAAUAAUAAUUCUAAAACAAAAAUAUAUGAUACUCCCCUCCUCUCAUCCAGUCCCAUUGAAGACCCUAAUCCCAUUUUCUUACUAAACUCAUCUCCCCCCUCCCUCUUAUCUUCUUCAAUCUCCCAGAUUCUUUUGGGACUACAAUCUUAUUCAGGUCCAUCAUGGCUCGAGCUCUAGUUCAGUCAACAAGCAUCCCAUCGUCAGUUGCUGGUGAAAGGACGACCAAAUUCAAUGAAUUUGGGAAAACAAAGAGAACUGUUACAAUGCUGUGGAAUGCACAAUCAUCUUCGCUAAGGCUGAGGGAUUUUACGGGAUUGCGAGGAUGCAAUGCAAUAGAUACACUAGUUAGAUCUGGGCAAACGCUCCAAUCCAAGGUAGCUGCUGCAACUUCUGCCAGACGACCACGAGGUUGCCGAUCUGUACCAAAAGCAAUGUUUGAGCGCUUCACAGAGAAGGCAAUAAAAGUCAUUAUGCUUGCACAAGAAGAGGCCAGGCGACUUGGUCAUAAUUUUGUUGGCACAGAGCAGAUUUUGUUGGGUCUUAUAGGUGAGGGAACUGGUAUUGCUGCCAAGGUUCUUAAAUCGAUGGGGAUCAAUUUGAAAGAUGCUCGUGUGGAAGUGGAGAAGAUAAUUGGAAGGGGUAGUGGAUUUGUUGCUGUUGAGAUCCCUUUUACCCCUCGUGCCAAACGUGUGCUGGAACUCUCUCUGGAGGAAGCCCGCCAGCUAGGACAUAACUAUAUUGGUUCGGAGCACUUGCUACUUGGAUUGCUGCGUGAAGGUGAAGGUGUGGCUGCCCGUGUCCUUGAAAAUUUGGGCGCUGACCCCAGCAACAUCCGCACUCAGGUGAUCCGAAUGGUUGGUGAGAGUAAUGAGGCUGUUGGUGCUAGCGUUGGAGGUGGAACUUCUGGGCAAAAAAUGCCUACACUGGAAGAGUACGGAACAAAUUUGACAAAACUAGCAGAAGAGGGGAAAUUGGAUCCCGUUGUUGGAAGACAGCCGCAAAUUGAACGGGUCACUCAAAUCUUGGGUCGGCGGACUAAGAACAACCCGUGUCUUAUUGGAGAACCAGGUGUUGGCAAAACAGCUAUUGCUGAGGGUUUGGCACAAAGAAUUGCAAACGGUGAUGUCCCUGAAACAAUUGAGGGGAAGAAGGUGAUAACUCUUGAUAUGGGUUUGCUUGUUGCUGGGACAAAAUACCGUGGAGAGUUUGAGGAAAGGUUAAAGAAGCUAAUGGAGGAAAUCAAACAGAGUGAUGAAAUAAUACUAUUUAUCGAUGAAGUGCAUACAUUGAUUGGAGCUGGAGCAGCAGAGGGGGCCAUCGAUGCUGCUAACAUCUUGAAACCUGCCCUAGCUCGAGGUGAACUACAGUGUAUCGGAGCUACUACACUGGAUGAAUACAGAAAGCAUAUUGAGAAAGAUCCUGCACUGGAGAGGAGAUUCCAGCCUGUUAAGGUCCCUGAACCUACUGUUGAUGAAACUAUACAGAUUCUGAAAGGGCUUCGUGAGAGGUAUGAGAUUCAUCACAAGCUUCGUUACACUGAUGAUGCCUUAGUGGCUGCUGCCCAGCUCUCAUACCAGUACAUCAGUGACCGGUUUCUGCCUGACAAAGCAAUUGACUUGAUUGAUGAAGCUGGUUCUCGUGUUCGACUUCGCCAUGCUCAGCUCCCAGAGGAAGCAAAAGAGCUCGAGAAAGAGCUUCGUCAGAUUACAAAAGAGAAGAAUGAAGCUGUCCGUGGUCAAGAUUUCGAAAAGGCUGGGGAAUUACGUGAUAGAGAGAUGGAUCUUAAGGCACAGAUCACAGCCCUCAUAGACAAAAACAAAGAGAUGAGCAAGGCUGAAAGUGAGGCUGGAGAUACAGGUCCUCUUGUGACUGAAGCAGAUAUUCAGCACAUUGUCUCUUCUUGGACUGGUAUCCCUGUUGAGAAGGUCUCCACUGACGAAUCUGAUCGCCUCCUAAAAAUGGAAGAAACACUUCACACUCGAAUCAUUGGGCAGGAUGAAGCUGUCAAAGCCAUUAGUCGCGCUAUUAGACGUGCACGAGUUGGGCUCAAGAAUCCCAACCGGCCUAUUGCUAGUUUCAUCUUUUCUGGUCCCACUGGUGUUGGGAAAUCUGAACUGGCAAAGGCACUGGCUGCAUAUUACUUUGGGUCCGAAGAAGCAAUGAUCCGGCUUGAUAUGAGUGAGUUCAUGGAGAGACACACAGUCUCUAAGCUCAUUGGAUCGCCCCCUGGUUAUGUUGGUUACACAGAGGGUGGUCAAUUGACUGAAGCUGUAAGGCGUCGACCUUAUACGGUUGUGCUCUUUGAUGAGAUUGAGAAGGCUCAUCCUGAUGUGUUCAACAUGAUGCUUCAAAUUCUUGAAGAUGGAAGGUUGACAGACAGCAAGGGAAGAACUGUAGAUUUCAAGAAUACACUUCUAAUCAUGACGUCAAAUGUUGGAAGUAGUGUGAUUGAGAAAGGUGGCCGUCGUAUAGGUUUUGAUCUUGAAUACGAUGAGAAGGAUAGCAGUUACAAUCGUAUCAAGAGCUUAGUGACUGAAGAAUUGAAGCAGUACUUCAGGCCAGAGUUUUUGAACAGAUUGGAUGAGAUGAUUGUAUUCCGUCAGCUCACUAAGUUAGAGGUUAAGGAGAUAGCUGAUAUCAUGCUUAAGGAGGUAUUUGAGAGGUUGAAAGGUAAAGAGAUAGAACUUCAAGUGACAGAGAGGUUUAGAGACAGGGUUGUUGAUGAGGGAUACAACCCUAGCUAUGGAGCACGGCCUCUGAGAAGAGCUAUUAUGAGACUCUUAGAGGACAGCAUGGCUGAGAAAAUGCUUGCGGGUGAGAUUAAAGAAGGCGAUUCAGUUAUUGUGGACGUUGAUUCCGAUGGUAAUGUGACUGUCCUCAAUGGCAGUAGUGGUACUCCCUCAGAUCCAGCCCCUGAGCCUAUCCCUGUGUAGAUCAGGUGAUCACGUUUUAGCUCAAUAGUAGUUCUGUGGUCUAGAGAUUAUUUGUGUUUGCCACUAAGCUCUGUGGGCUUAUGAAUCAACUUUUGAGUUUUCUCGGGGGCGCUCAGGUAAUUCUUGCCACGUCGAGAAGACAGCAUCCUUUCUAUGUUGAGCUUUAACGGUAUUACAGAAAUAUACCGGAUUGGAGAUACUGGAUUAAAAUUUUAGCCCGUCAUAAGAAAGUGUUGUAUUCGCAAUAGACUCGUCAAAAAAUAAAAACAUAUCUAGUUUAUUGUAGGCGACAGUUAACGUUGUCCUCA